CCGAGGUCUUCGUUAAUUAUUAGAUGGGGCAGGUCGUUGGCUGCCGCCCGCUUCCCGAGGGGCGGGUUUAGGAGGACCAUCUGCGUCCGCUCUUGUUGGAGUCGAGAGAGAGAGAGAAAGGAAAAGCCAUGAGUUCGCCGCCGGUGGACGACUUGUGCUGCGUCUGCCACGAGAGGUUCAACCUCCCGUGUCAGGCCAACUGCUCCCACUGGUUCUGCGGAAGCUGUAUCAUGCGGGUAUGGAGUUCUGGAUUUACCCUUCAGCCAUGCAAGUGUCCUCUAUGUCGACGUUUGAUAACUUUACUUCUACCUGGUGCCUCGUUAUACCAAAGCUAUGACCGUGAAGCUUAUCGAGUACUUCGAAAUAUUGAGAAUUACAAUCGUCAAUUUGGCAGCGGCUCAAAUGGCCUUAUUCAGAGUUUGCGGGACGUUCCAUUCUUCCUUAGAAGGUUGUUAAGAGAAUGGAUGGAUCCUCAGAGGGCACUUCCUCUUGCCUUUAGGGCACGGACAGUCUUGUCUAUGCUGUUCAGUGUGAUUUAUGUACUCAGCCCCUUUGACAUUCUCCCAGAACGAAUCUUCGGUUUUGUCGGUUUCCUAGAUGACCUCCUCGUACUGGUGAUCGUGUUCCUCAACCUUGCUGCUGUAUACCGCGCUUUACUUCUUAACCGUCAUGGAGGUGCUUGAAUUGCUUGCUUUUGGAUGGCUAUAUAAAGUAUUGUUCCAAUAGAGAAGUUUCUAGCAAAAUUUCCUGAACAAUCAAAAUCUGGAAGUUAUUCUGUCAUUUUUCUUUUUCAAGUGCUUCUAGUUAUUUUAGCAGUACUAGCUCUCUUCAGUUUGAUCAUAUAUGGCACCUCAAGUUUAAGAAGACAAUUUGUAAACAUGUAUCUUGAAGUCAACUGUUUUGAGUUCAGAUGGUACCUUAUCUGUAUUAUAGAUUCUUCCUUGUCAGAAUAUUUGGAAUAUUUAUGUCAUUAAAAAUCUUGAUGUCGAGGUUCA